AUGUGCAUUGGAUUCAUCAAAGUAGCGACAUCUCCCGAUGAGAAAUACAAAUUGAUAAUUCUCAAUAAUCGUGACGAAGACUUGGACCGCCCUACCGCUCCAAUCCAUUGGCAUGACGGGAUUCUCAGCGGAGUCGACGAGAAAGACGUAGCACGUGGCACUUGGCUAGGGAUUGAUGAGCAUGGAAAGGUUGGAAUGCUCCUUUCGAUAACACAACCAGUGGAUUCAAAGCAUACAAACGCACCGAGUCGAGGCGGGAUUGUCAAUGAAUUCUUGAAAUCUGGCAGUGAUUCUAGUCAGUUUUUUGAGAAUUUGAAAGGAAAAGCAGAGAGUUUUAAUGGAUUUCAGUUUGUAGGAAUAGAGAGAAAUCCGAAAUCCGGUCUAUUCGAAGUUCGAUCGCUUACCAAUCAACUUGUCGAUCAGAUUGAGAUCACUAAAUGGAAUGAUAAAUUCCACGUGUAUUCCAACAGUCCUCCGCAUAUUCCAUUCAAAAAAGCUGAAUUCGGCCUGAAAAUCUUCUCGGAAAGUCUGGAAAAGACUGAUGAAUUGGAUAUUGAUGAGAUUCAGAGACGAUUAUUUGAGAUCGCCACGUGUCGAACUCACUGCUUCCCGGAUGAUCAAAUCCGAGUGCAAACUGGAUUUCCGGGAGACGUCUACAAGCCAUUGACCUCGAUUUUCGUGAGAUUUCCGGAGAGUAGAAGAUAUGGAACACGCUCUCACACUCUUAUAAUUGUCGACAAAGAGGAUAAUGUGACUGUACUGGAGAGACAGAUGGAAGCGGCGCAAAAAGUGGAAGAAUCCACUUGGCACGAUGAGAAGAUCCAGUUUAAAUUGUGA